UGGUUGAAAGGAAAAGAGCUUCUAGGAAGGAACCUGUUCGGUGGUACCCCUAUAAACGCAACAACAAAGCAAUGAAGGGAGCCAUGAAAACAAAGCGUUUGCCAGGGAGUGCUGAGAGCAUUCUGUGUGUCCGCACAGUUCCUAAGCCCUAAAACCUCGCUCCAUUCUCUGCAAAUCAAACUUGAAUCCCUUCUUUUUCUUCCUACUCAAUGUCCCCAGCUCAUUCGCUCUCACCAUAAAUUUCCAUUUUCUUUUCAAUUUGUUUUUUUAAGUAUGGAUAUUGAACAAAAGCAAGCAGACCUCAUCGAUCACUUCGCGAAGCAGGCCUCGAGUCACAAGGGCUCUGCCCUCGCACCUAUAAUUGUUGAGGCUACUUCACAUCCGUCGCUCUUCGCGUUCUCUGAGAUUCUUGCCGUCCCCAACGUUCUUGAGCUCCAAGAAACUGAGAAUUCCGUCUACCUUGACGUGCUUCGAUUGUUUGCAUAUGGCACAUGGAGUGAUUACAAGACUAAUGAUGGCCGAUAUUUGCAAUUGAAUCCUGAUCAAGUCCUCAAGCUAAAGCAACUUACAGUGCUUACACUAGCUGAGACAAACAAGGUACUUCCCUAUGAUCAACUGAUGCAGGAAUUGGAUGUCAUCAACGUACGUCAACUUGAAGAUUUUCUCAUAAAUGAGUGCAUGUAUGUGGGAAUAGUUAGAGGGAAGCUGGAUCAGUUGCGUAGAUGCUUUGAGGUUCAAUUUGCAGCAGGGCGGGAUCCGAGACCGGGACAACUGGGGAGUAUGAUUCAGACAUUAACAAACUGGUUGGCUACAUCAGACAAUCUGCUUGUCUCAAUUCAAGAAAAGAUAAAGUGGGCAGAUACUAUGAGUGAGUUGGACAAGAAGCACCGUAAAGAUGUCGAGGACAAGGUGGACGAAGUAAAGAAGUCACUUGCCCUCAAGGUCUCAAGAAGUGAAGGUCUUACUUACGUUGUGGCAGAAGUUACACACUGUAAGCAGGCCGACAUUGACUUCCGAGGGCAUGAGGAGAUCUACUCUGAACCUGGUGGAGUAAUGGACUAUGAGGAAGACCGAAGCCGGCCCAAGAGGAGGCGGCAUCCAUUAUCUUGAAGAUAAAUCAGAGUCAGAUUUCCUUGGACAGGUUUUCAGGCAAUUUGCCAGUUUUCAGCUCGUGGCAUUCAGACUGCACAUGAUUUCUGCUUUUGGAGACUCGAUGUCGAAAUUGUCAGAGUUGCUUUAGACUGCAUAUUUGACAAAUUGUUAGCUUGUACUGAACCCUGUUAUUAGUCCUAAGAGUUGGUGAAAAGGUUGUCGGCAUCGGGUGGUGCGGCUGAAAAAAUUUUACAGGAACACAGCAAAAUUGUAAUCUAAAUUACUGUGCUUCAUGAUGUUGCAAUGUUGCACUUGAUGCUACAUUUGGGAGCAACUAUUUAUUAUUUGUUUAGAUGCUUCCCUCUUCAUUUGUUGUCAUCUUUCCCCCAUCUUCCUUGGGACCAAUUACUUAUUUGUUUUUGUAGAUUUCUCUUCUUAGAAGCACUAACAGAACUUGUUUC